GCCCCACAAGCGUCGAAUGUCGAUUGCCGAAGCAUUUUUUUAUUGAAGUUGAACAGUGAAAUCUUUAUUGUAAUUAUUUACAGUUUAAAUGUUGGCCCAGUAUCCAGUUAGAUAACCUUUAUUAAUACAUCCUUUUUAUUUUCUACACUGGUAUUUAUAAGUUAACAAGCCGCAGCAAUUAGUACUAUAUCGAGUUUGUUUUGGAGUCUCAAAAUGAGCAAGCGCCGUCGUGCGUCGUCCGUCGCAAGCCGGGGUGCUGAUGGCGACGACAGCGAUGAUGUAGAACUGAGUAACCCUGGACCACCACCAUCGAGGAAGAAAAAGAAAUUGGAACCGAGUGAAAUAUGCCAGCAGUUGUAUGACACAAUAAGAUCAUUCAAGAAAGAAGAUGGAACGCUAUUGUGUGAUUCUUUCAUCAGAGCGCCCAAGAGACGCCAGGAGCCGCAGUAUUAUGAAGUUGUGUCACAUCCCAUUGAUUUGUUGAGAGUACAACAAAAACUAAAAACCGACACAUAUGAGGAUAUAGAUGAAUUAUCCGCUGAUAUAGAGUUGCUUGUGAAUAACGCUAAAGCAUUCUAUAAGCCUGAUUCUGAAGAAUAUAAAGAUGCCAUAGAGUUGUGGAAGCUCUAUACUAAGAACAGACAAGCACUUGAGAAUGGUGAUGAAAUAAAAACACCAAAACAAUCACGCAAUGGAUCGUCAAGCAGACGCUCUGAUGUGGCUGAAGAUAUUUCCGAGACAUCUACUAAUAAUGACGAGGAUAAUGUACUUGAAGAACUUUUUAAUGCUUUCGUAUCCGCAAAUGUUGACGGUCGACCACUCUACGGAGCAUUCCAAUUUUUACCAUCAAAACGGCGUUAUCCAGAAUAUUAUGAAGUUAUCGACUCGCCGAUUGAUUUAAAAACGAUAGCUCAAAAGAUACAAGCGAGCGAGUAUUCCAAUUUAACUGAAUUGGAAAAGGAUCUACUGCUGAUGGUCAGGAAUGCGUGUAACUUCAACGAGCCGGGCAGUCAAAUAUAUAAAGACGCUAAAAUGUUGAAGAAGAUAAUUCAAUUGCGCAAACAAGAAAUAGACCAACACGGGCGGAGUGGACCGUCAAAGACAUCAGAACGUAUAAGAAGCAAGCGCUCAUCCAGGGUUGUACCGAUCCUGUCCAGUCGAACUAUGGCCAUAUUGGAACCGCCAGAGUCUGAUGGGGAGCCCGAAGUUAAGCAUUCAGAGGACAGUGAAAGUGACGAAGAGAAGAAUGACAAUGAAGAUUCGCCGCAGUGGAAACUUCUGGAAUCUGUCAAGAAUCAUGUAGGACCAAAUGGUACACCGUUAGCCGAUCCAUUCUGGAAGCUUCCAUCGCGUCGAGAAUACCCAGAUUAUUAUAAAGAAAUAAAAAACCCAGUCUCUCUAAAUCAGAUAAAAAACAAAAUUCGACGAGGAAACUACGGCACGGUAUCAGAAGUGGCGGGAGAUAUGAAUAUUAUGUUUGAGAACGCUAAACAGUAUAAUGUGCCUUCGUCGAGAUUGUAUAAGGACGCUGUUAAAUUGCAACGGAUAAUGCAACAACGUGUGCAAGAGCUUUUGGAUAUAGUACAGAGCUCAUCUAGUGAUGACGAGAGUCUAUCGUCAGUUAAGAACCAAGUUAACACGCCAAGACCACGAGGUCGUCCUCGAGUGAAUCCUAUACUACCAUCAGCAAGCCCCUCACCGUCCCCAGCCCUUAAACCAAACAUGCCUUUAAAGAAGAAAUUGCACUAUAUAUCCAAGCAAUUGGUGGAAUUCACGUGCUCUGAUGGCAGACAGCCUAUGUUGUUGUUUAUGGAGAAGCCGAGCAAGAAAUUGUAUCCGGAGUAUUAUAAUGUGAUCGAUCGCCCCAUUGAUAUGUUGAUGAUUGAGACUAAUAUAAAGAACGAUCGCUAUUCAUCCAUAGACGAAAUGGUAUCCGAUUUCCGUCUAAUGUUCUCCAAUUGCCGCCAAUUCAACGAAGAAGGUUCCAUGAUAUAUGAAGACGCGAACCUUCUAGAACGAGUUCUAAAUGAAAAAUUAAAAGAACUACAUAGUUGUUAUGAGAGAAAAGCGAACAUUAGAACAUUCAAACCGGCCAAGUCAAGGCAACUGACGCCGUUCGAACAAAAGUUGAGGACUUUGUACGAUGCUAUACGCGAUUAUCGAGAUCAAAAGGCAAACCGCCAACUAGCGCUCAUAUUCAUGAAACUGCCAAGCAAAACGGAAUACCCUGAUUACUAUGAACUAAUAAAGAAUCCCAUAGACAUGGAGCGUAUUGCGCACAAACUAAAAAACGGAGUAUAUAAUUCUGUCAACGAAUUGGCAUCAGAUUUCAUACUGAUGUUUGAUAAUGCGUGCAAAUAUAAUGAGCCAGAUUCGCAAAUAUAUAAGGACGCGUUGAUUUUGCAACGCGUCUGCUUGCAGACUAAGCAGAUGUUGAGAGAGGAUGAUGAUGCAGUACCAGAUGUGCCGGCGGCAGUGCAAGAGUUACUUCUAAACUUAUUUACUACUGUAUACAAUCAUCAAGAUGAGGAGGGCAGAUGCUAUUCAGACAGCAUGGCAGAAUUGCCGGAACACGACGAAUCGUCCAACGGUGAGAAAGUUCGCGCCAUUUCGCUAGAUCUCGUCAAGCGCAGGCUUGACAAGGGCUUGUACAAGCGGCUUGAUCACUUCCAGCAGGAUAUGUUCGCUGUUUUUGAAAGAGCCCGUCGUCUCUCCCGCACGGACAGUCAAAUAUUCGAAGACGCGGUAGAACUGCAAGCAUACUACAUAGAACAAAGAGAUAUACUCUGUAGGAACACAUUAGUUUCACCCGCGCUUAACUUCACGCGCGAUACGAUGACGACGUCCGUGGAACUGGUGAAACAGUGCAAAUUGCUCCAAGAGAACGAUGAGGACGAUGAAACUAGGUCAAGCACAGACGAGUCCCUACCCGCCGGUGGGGCUCCGCCCCAAACGCAGUACUGCAAGGGCGAGUUCGUGUAUGUACAAGCGGAUAGAGGCGCCCGGGAGCCCGCCAUAGUACAGAUCGCAAGACUCUUCACAAACGCGGACCACGUGCCCAUGGCCUAUGUGAACGUGUACUAUCGCCCCCACGAAACGUUCCACGUGCGCACACGCAAGUUCCUACACCAAGAGGUGUUCAAAACUGAAGUGCAUCGCAGCAUUCCGCUCGACCAAGUUAUUGGACGCUGCUAUGUUAUGAAUGUCAAGGAGUACUUCAAGUUCAGACCGGAAGGUUACGCAGACAAAGAUGUCUAUGUGUGCGAGAGUCGAUACAACUCGAAGAAUCGAUGGUUCAAGAAAAUCAAGGUUUGGGAGGGAGCUGAAAAGGAGGUCACACUUGUGCCUAGAGAGGUACCAUUGGAGCCAAACAGGACGGUAUCUGUAUUCCGUGAAAGAGUUGAAAAGCACAAAGAUGAAUUGGCUGAGCUCGAAGUCUUGGAAAAUGUGCAGGAAAAGGAACGGCCGGACGUGGUGAUGUACAACCCGCUGGGCACGGACGACGAGAACACGUACUACGAGCAGUACAACACAGUCUGCUCCGGCGUCAUAAAGACCGGCGACUACGUGUACGUGGUCACCGACGGCGGCAAGCAGCUCAUCGCGCAGGUCGACACCAUCUGGGAGACUGGCGACAACAAAUGCUACUUCCGCGGUCCAUUCCUCAUCUUCCCUUCAGAAGUGGUGAACAUUAUUAACAAGCCAUUUUACAAACAAGAAGUGCUUCUCACAACAAUGCACGAUACAAGUCCACUAGUAGGCAUUGUCGGAAAAUGUGCUGUACUCGACUAUGAUGAUUAUCUUAAAUGUCGGCCAACAGAAAUAUCAGAGAACGACGUGUUUGUUUGCGAGUCUUUAUACGACGAAUCUAACCGCGUGGCGAGAAAACUAAAAUCUGGCCUGAGGAAGUUUGAGCACACUAAAGAUGUCACUGUUGAUGAGGUAUAUUACUUCCCAAAACCUCUGGGCCCGCCUCUACUUGCAAGUGCUCAAGAAGUAGGAAGCGCUGCGUUCACGCAUAAGGCGUUCACACAUAACAUGAACUCGGAUUGUAUGGAUGUGAAGCCACAAUUCACGAAUCUCAUAAACACGACAAUCGGGAGUCAAGAUGUGGAAAUGAUAUUGGAGAAUUCGUUGGACGAUUCUUCAUUAGCUUCGCCGGCUACACCGCUGUCUAUUGGUGGCAACAGCAACCCGUACAACCCGUCCCUCAUACAAACGCCAAGCCAAGAGAAGAACACGAACCAAUCGGCCACGCCCGCUACGGGCAAGAAGAAGAAAGAGCAGAAACAGAAGAUCGUCACCGGCUACAUAUUGUACUCGAGCGAAGUGCGCAAGGCGAUUGUGGCCAACAACCCCGAGUGCACUUUUGGUGAAAUAUCGCGCAUAGUGGGCAACGAAUGGCGCUCAUUGCCCGCGUCAACGAAGCAGUGCUGGGAGGAGCGAGCCGCCAAAUGCAACGAGGAGACCGCCGCUAGACUUGCAGAAGAGAUGAAGGAAAUUGCGCAACAUACAACAAUGGAAAUGACGUACGAAUGCGCGUGGGACACGUGCGACUAUCAGUUCGAAGAUAUCAACGACUGUAUGGAGCAUUGUAUCGGCGAAGGUGGCAAUAUGAUUGGAACUUAUAUCGAAACCAAGAAAAGUAAACUGGAACCCGGCCAUGUCCAACAGCACUACCGCGGGGGCGGGGCGACCAGCACUAACGAAUACCCGUGUCUUUGGAGAAGUUGUACUCGAGUUCGUAAGGGACAGGCUCCGUUCCCGAACUUGCCACGAUUGUUACGACAUGUACGAGAUUUACAUGUUAAUAAGGGAAAUGGGAAGCUCACUGCUGUUCAUGAGAGGUCUAGGAACUUUGUGCAGUCCAGUAAGAAACCGCCGAAGUCGUACACGACUACCCUACGUGGUGGGGUGUUGUCGCCUGGAGCAUCUCUAUCAGGCAUGUCCCCAAUGGCCCGCAGCACCCCGUCCCCCGGGUGCGGGGAGGGCGGCGGGGGUGUGGGGGGCAGUGUGGGGGGCGCGGGGGGCAGGCCUCCGCUGGAGCCGCUGUUUGUUAGCGCUCCGCCUAGAGUGCAGAGGGUUACACACUCCGACGCGUAUAUUCGAUACAUCGAGGGCCUGCACUCCGAGCAGAAGUACAUAACGCCAUGGGAAAAGUCCCUAACACCGAUGCCGGCAAAUCCCGAUCCAUCACAAUUCAACAUGCACAAAAUACCCGCACAUUGGAUGACUGAAGAAGCAAUUAAUGGAUAUCUCGCUCAAGACAAGAAUCUAACAGAAAGCGACAUACAAAAAAUGGACCAGAACACGAAAAUAUUAAGAGGCCUCUGUGCGCUGAGAGAUUUCAUGAUGAAAGACGCGUAUUCUAUCUAUAAGUCGUUUUAAUCUCAAGAUAAUAUCAAACAGAAGUUUCGGAUCUUUUUAAUUCGUUCAAUCUCAACCGGUCUUUUCAUUCACGUAUGACACUUACGCACUGUAUGUGUUUUGAGUUAUUUAAUUGUAUUAUCGAAGGGAAAAGUUGCUAAUUUUGAAUAAUUUAAUCAAAUUCACUAACAUUAUAUGACAAGAUUGAAGGCAUUUAGAAUGAUGAUCGACGAUUUGAGGAAAUCAAGAAAUGACUUUCUAGGACUCGAAAACUAAAAAUCUUACUAAUGAGCUAUCUAUUAGCAUUAGUUUUAGAUGAUUUUUAUACUUUUUAAGUAAGAAUCUUGUAUUAAAUAAGUUUAAAUCAUAACCUAAUAAUAAAUGUAUUGAUAAAUAAA